AUGGGCCAUGAAAUAAACUACCAUGAUCUAGUGACAUCUGCUGCGGAAAAAGCUGGAUGCAUGGAGAUUCUCAGUAUUACUCAGGAAUUUGAUGUUGAUGAGACCGAUGAGGGUGAUGUUCGUGGCACUCAAUACAUCGGGAGGAGCCGAAGAGCAUUGACACAGAAUAUCAAUCUUGAGAGGGAGAUUUCAGGAGCCACCGCACGCUAUAAUGAGUAUCUUCCUGAAGAAAUUCCCGCAAGCUUGAUCAAAGUACCCGGAGAAUCCGCAGACGGAGCCCCCAAGACAAAUUCUUUUUAG